AUGCUUGUUCAUCAGCACCGCCUGGAUAAUUGGACUGCCAAUAAUGAACGGAGCAGCAAGGAUGGAAGAAAACUCUAUCCGAAAGAUAAAAAGGCUGUAACAUACUCAACUACAGCAUUUUUGACCCCAAAAAAAACUACUAGAUGUGUUUCUGACUCUGCUUCGUCCAAACUUCGUUGGUGGCUUGUCCUUCCUUGUAUAUUACUAAUUACAUUGGCCUCUGCGCCCGACGGCCUAAUCAUGAACGAUUUUAUUGUGCGUCGCUAUGAAAGAUACCACGGACUGGACUUCUCUGAAAAGGCUCAAAGGAUCGCAUGUCGCGAAUCAUCGACUUCAACACCUGGUUAUUGGUAUCUUCAACAAUACUCACUCACCGGAGCUGACUAUAACAUCGUGCAGCAGGACGCAGCAAAAUUCAACGUGAAAAACUCAUUCGCAACGCUGAUUCCUUCAGUACUCGCCAUUAUUAUACUCGGAUCAAACUGCGAUACGAUCGGUCGACGUCCGCUUCUUUUCCUACCAUUCGUUGGCAAAAUAGUUCGAUAUUUACUCAUGCUAGUAAUCAUCGCUGGAGAUCUCUCUGAUACGUGGCUACUGGUAUCUCAUUCAUGUGAAGCAUUAUUUGGCUCAGUUGGCAUCGUCAUGUUGAGCGCAUUUGCUUACAUAACCGACUGUACAAAUGAAUCUGGUCGAACACGACCAUUUUUUUUGGCCGAAUUGAUCAUUUUACUAGCACGUGUCGUUCCAGUUCUCGGCAUUGGUUUAUGGUUACAGCAUCAUCUUUAUACGAUCCCCACAAGCAGUUGCCUUGCAUUGAGUAUCAUCGGCGCACUUUACGUACUCUUCAUACAACCCGAAUCUGUGCCAAAUAUGUAA